AGAAAUAAAACCCAUGUGCCUUGGGUCUCCGAAGCCGGCCGUCUGCUUCCAGGCGUGAGUCUGACGCUAUAACACGCUGGAUGUAUUGACCACUUAUCGCCAGACCUGGAGUGGAGUCUGCUUUCCAACAUGGUGCCUUACCCUCGCCAGACCCUGCUCGUCGUCCCGGCGCUGCUCCUCUGCUGCUCCAUCACCCUGACGCAGGCGGACAGUGAGCCGAUCUUUAUCCGCAAGCCGGAUGACCAGAUUGGAAUAUCGGGUGGCGUCGCGUCUUUCGUGUGCCAGGCCUCGGGGGACCCGAAGCCGCGCAUCACCUGGAUGAAGAAAGGGAAGAAAGUCAGCUCGCAGCGCUUCGAGGUCAUCGAGUUUGAUGACGGCUCAGGGUCCGUGCUUCGAAUACAACCUCUGCGGGCUCACAGGGACGAGGCCAUCUACGAGUGCACGGCCACCAACAGCGCGGGCGAAAUCAACAGCAACGCCAAACUGACCGUGCUGGAAGAGGAGCAGCUGCCGCACGGCUUUCCCGCCAUCGACAUGGGACCCCAGCUGAAGGUGGUGGAGAGGACCCGUACGGCCACCAUGCUGUGUGCAGCCAGCGGGAACCCCGACCCCGAGAUCUCCUGGUACAAAGACUUCCUUCCUGUGGACACGGCCACCAGCAAUGGCAGGAUCAAGCAGCUCCGCUCAGGCGCACUCCAGAUUGAGAACAGCGAGGAGUCCGACCAGGGGAAGUACGAAUGUGUGGCCACCAACAGCGCCGGGACGCGCUACUCUGCCCCGGCAAACCUCUACGUGCGUGUCCGCCGUGUGGCCCCACGUUUCUCCAUCCCCCCCAGUAACCACGAAGUGAUGCCCGGGGGAAGUGUAAACCUCACCUGUGUUGCAGUCGGUGCCCCCAUGCCUUAUGUAAAGUGGAUGGCCGGCGCGGAAGAACUUACCAAAGAGGACGAGAUGCCAGUAGGCCGCAAUGUCCUGGAACUGACCAAUAUUCGCGAAUCUGCCAAUUACACCUGUGUGGCGAUCUCUUCCCUUGGCAUGAUUGAAGCAGUGGCACAAAUUACAGUAAAAGCUUUGCCAAAGCCACCGGUAGCCGUGAUGGUGACAGAGACGACAGCCACCAGUGUCACCUUGACAUGGGAUUCUGGAAACCCUGAACCUUUGUCCUAUUACGUCAUACAGUAUAAGCCCAAGCUGUCAGAUGGCUCAUUCCAGGAGGUUGAUGGUGUGGCCACCACCCGUUACAGUAUUGGGGGCCUCAGCCCCUUCUCAGAAUAUGAAUUCCGCAUCAUCGCAGUCAACAACAUUGGCAGGGGGCCUCCGAGUGAAGUGGUGGAAGCACGGACAGGAGAACAGGCUCCAUCAGGUCCUCCUUUGAAAGUCCAAGCCCGAAUGCUCAGCUCCAGUACCAUGAUCGUCCAGUGGGAUCCCCCAGAGGAAGCCAAUGGUCAGAUCCGUGGGUUCCGGGUAUAUUACACAUCUGACCCACAUCUGCCCUUCAGCAUGUGGCAGAAGCACAAUGUAGUGGACAAUCUGCUGACCACAAUUGGGGGGCUGACCACAGGAAUCACUUACAGCAUCCGGGUUCUGGCCUUCACAUCUGUUGGGGAUGGGCCGCCUUCAGAUAUGGUCCAAGUCAAGACCCAACAGGGAGUUCCGGCCCAGCCAGUCAAUCUCCAGGCAGAAGCAGAAUCGGACACCCGGAUAAUGCUCACCUGGCAGUCCGCCUCGCAGGAACGCAUCAGCUCCUAUGAACUGCAGUAUUGGGAGGGGCAGGAUGGGCCGAAGCAAAAAGUAACGUUUGCGCCCGUGUCUUUCUACGCCGUGGAAGGGUUGAAGCCUGACACCCCGUACGGUUUCCAGCUCGCAGCUUCAUCAGCUAUGGGGCUCGGGGUUUACACUGCUGUGAUCCAGGCUCGGACGGCGCAAAGUACACCGUCCGCCCCACCUCAGGACGUGGAGUGUACCAGUCUUAGCUCCACCGCCAUCCGGGUAAGUUGGGUGGCUCCUCCGGUAUCUAGCCGCAAUGGAGUUCUGACCCGUUACUCGCUGGCCUACCAGGCAGUGGCCGGGGAGGACACGUCCCGCCACAUUGUGGACAGUAUCCCGCCAGACGUCUCCAGCUGGGAGAUCAAGGAUCUGGAGAAGUGGACAGAGUACAAGGUGUGGGUGAGAGCUCACACGGACGUAGGGGCCGGGCCUGAGAGCCCCCUUUUCAUUGUACGGACGGAUGAGGAUGUGCCCAGCGCUCCCCCCAGGAAGGUCGAGGUGGACUCGGUCAAUUCCACAUCCAUCCGUGUUACUUGGAAGUCACCUCUACCCACCAAGCAGAAUGGGCAGAUCCGGGGCUACCAAGUGACCUACGUGCGCCUGGAGGGCGGAGAACCUCGGGGCAACCCUAUCAUUAAGGAUGUCAUGCUGGCCGAGGCCCAGUGGAGACCCGAGGAAUCUGCAGAAUACGAGGCCUUUAUUACUGGGCUGUCCCCAGAGACCACCUAUUCAAUCACCGUGGCGGCUUAUACCACGAAGGGAGACGGCGCCAGGAGUAAGCCCAAAGUUGUGACCACUACGGGGGCCGUGCCAGGCAAGCCCAGCAUGGUGAUCGGCACCACGUCCCAGAACACGGCGCUCGUCCAGUGGCAUCCACCCAGAGAGUCGGCGGGAGAGAUCCAGGGCUUCCGCCUGCAGUAUAAACGGGUGGACGAGGAGAAGUUCAUCACCAUGGACUUUGGGAAGAAUGAUCACCACUACACGGUGACCAAACUACACCGGGGCGCCACCUACGUCUUCAAGCUGUGCGCCAAGAACCGGGCCGGCUUCGGAGAGGAGUACGAGAAGGAGAUCUCCACGCCGGAGGACGUUCCCAGUGGGUUCCCGCAGAACCUGCAGGUCGUUGGGCUCACCACGUCCACCACCGAGGUGUCCUGGGACCCGCCAGUCUUGUCAGAACGGAACGGAAAGAUCGCGAACUACACAGUGGUGUACCGCGACAUCAACAGCCCUCAGGAUAUGUUCAACAUCACCCGUGGCACACAUAUCACUCUAGUCAACCUCAAGCCAGACACCACCUAUGAUAUUAAAGUCAGGGCAAGGAACAGCAAGGGAGCCGGGCCCCUCAGCCCCAGCAUACAGUCCCGCACGAUGCCUGUGGACCAAGUGUUCGCAAAGAAUUUCAGGGUGAACGCGGUGAUGAAAACAUCGGUGUUGCUCAGCUGGGAAGUUCCAGACUCGUACAAAUCCGCCGUGCCUUUCAAGAUUCUAUACAACAACCAGCAUGUAGAGGUGGACGGUCACUCAAUGCGCAAGCUCAUCAAUAACCUCCAGCCAGACACAGACUAUUCCUUUGUCCUCAUGAACCGCGGGAGCAGCGCCGGUGGUCUCCAACACAGAGUGUCCAUCCGCACGGCUCCUGACGUCCUGCAGACCAAGCCUUCAUCUGCUACCAAAUACAUGGAGGAAGGCCGGUUUACCCUUGAGCUGCCGCGAGUAAAGACCAGCGCCCCCGUCAGAUGGUAUUACAUUGUGGUCGUUCCCUUGGACAGUUCCAGUGUAAGCCCUCGCUGGCAAAGCCCAGAAGAAAUGGAACUGGAGCAGAUUCUGGACGCCAUUAAUCAGGGCUCCCGCCGGCAGAGACGUCAAACGGCAAAGAAUAAGCCGUACAUUGCUGCUUGCCUCAACCCUCUCCCAGAAGUCUUCACUCUCGGUGACAACAAGGAAUAUAACGGGUUCAUCAACAAGCCGCUGAACGCCGACUUGAGCUACACCUGCUUUGUGAUGGCAGCUCUAGAAGACGGGGACACGAAGCCUUGUCUAUCCUAUAGAAGCCUAUCCUAUAUGGAUAGAUAUUAUGCCCCAUCCCUCCCGAACACUCAGACUAAGGAAGUUUCCUCAUCUAGACAACAGGAGGAGCCGGAGAUGUUGUGGGUGAUGGGCCCGGUCUUGGCAGUCAUCCUCAUUAUCAUCAUCGUCAUUGCCAUCCUUCUCUUCAAGAGGAAAAGGACCAACUCUCCCUCUAGCAAAGAGGACCAAAUGCCUGGACUGAAAGACUCUCUGCUGGCCAAUUCCUCUGACCCGGUGGAAAUGAGGCGCCUUAACUACCAGACUCCAGGUAUGAGGGACCAUCCUCCCAUCCCGAUCACCGACCUGGCUGACAACAUCGAGCGCCUGAAGGCCAACGAUGGACUUAAAUUCUCCCAGGAAUAUGAGUCCAUCGACCCCGGUCAGCAGUUCACCUGGGAAAAUUCCAACCUGGAGGUGAACAAGCCAAAGAACCGCUACGCAAAUGUUAUAGCGUACGACCACUCGCGUGUCAUCCUUACCUCAGUGGACGGAGUCCCCGGCAGCGACUACAUCAACUCCAACUACAUAGACGGGUACCGGAAGCAGAACGCUUACAUCGCCACGCAAGGUCCGCUGCCCGAAACCUUCACCGAUUUCUGGCGCUUGGUGUGGGAGCAGAGGGCCUCCACUAUUGUGAUGAUGACCCGGCUGGAGGAGAAAUCAAGGGUGAAAUGUGACCAGUACUGGCCCAGCCGAGGCUCCGAGACGUACGGAAUGAUACAAGUCACCCUGCUAGACACGGUGGAGCUGGCCUCGUACACAGUGAGGACGUUCGCCCUCUACAAGAACGGCUCCAGUGAAAAACGAGAGAUCAGACAGUUCCAAUUCAUGGCCUGGCCAGACCACGGGGUUCCCGAGUACCCCACCCCCAUCCUGGCCUUCCUACGCAGGGUGAAGGCCUGUAACCUGCCAGAUGCUGGGCCUAUGGUGGUACACUGCAGUGCCGGUGUGGGGAGGACCGGGUGCUUCAUCGUGAUUGACGCCAUGCUGGAGCGAGUGAAGCUGGAGAAGACGGUGGACAUCUAUGGUCAGGUGACCUGCAUGCGCUCUCAGCGGAACUACAUGGUGCAGACCGAGGACCAAUACGUCUUCAUCCACGAAGCCCUGCUGGAGGCGGUCCUGUGCGGAAACACAGAAGUGCCGGCGCGCAGCCUGUACGCUCAUAUCCAGAAACUGUCUCAGGUCCCCGUGGGAGAGAGCGUCACCGCCAUGGAGCUAGAGUUCAAGCUAUUGGCCAACUCCAAAGCCCACACCUCACGCUUCAUCAGUGCCAACCUACCGUGCAACAAGUUCAAGAACCGGCUGGUGAACAUCAUGCCGUACGAAUCGAGCCGCGUGUGUCUUCAGCCGAUCCGAGGCGUCGAGGGCUCCGACUACAUCAACGCCAGCUCCAUCGAUGGCUAUAGGCAGCAGAAAGGCUACAUCGCCACUCAGGGACCCCUGGCGGAGACCACUGAGGACUUCUGGCGCAUGCUAUGGGAGCACAAUUCCACCAUUGUGGUGAUGUUGACCAAGCUGCGGGAAAUGGGCCGGGAAAAGUGCCAUCAGUACUGGCCGGCCGAGCGCUCAGCCAGGUAUCAGUAUUUCGUGGUGGACCCGAUGGCGGAAUAUAACAUGCCUCAGUACAUCCUGCGCGAAUUCAAAGUGACGGACGCACGGGACGGACAGUCUCGGACAAUCAGACAGUUCCAGUUCACAGAUUGGCCUGAGCAGGGAGUGCCAAAAACGGGAGAGGGCUUCAUCGACUUCAUCGGACAAGUGCACAAAACGAAAGAACAGUUCGGACAAGACGGACCCAUCACUGUUCACUGCAGCGCUGGCGUGGGCCGGACCGGAGUCUUCAUCACACUCAGCAUCGUGUUGGAGCGGAUGAGGUACGAGGGAGUGGUGGACAUGUUUCAGACCGUGAAGACGCUAAGAACACAGAGGCCAGCCAUGGUACAGACAGAGGACCAGUAUCAGCUGUGCUACAGGGCUGCACUGGAGUACCUGGGCAGCUUCGACCACUAUGCAACAUAACUACCGCUGAGCCCCACCGGCCAGACUGGGAGUGCAGCGUCCAGGAACCCCGGCACCCGCCAACCGGUGCCAGGCCCCUCCUCCUAUUCCAGGCGCCGUCCCCACAUCAUCUACUUACAAGAAAACAAAUAA